UUUAAAAAGAAAGUGAAGUGAAAGAAAUGAAUUUACGAGAAUAGGUCGCAAGUCGCAUAGAUUUUUGGUUGAUUUCCUUUUCACUUUACUUUCGUAUCCUCAGUAAGAUCUAAUAAACUCGCGUUAAUUUGUGUUUCCGAUUAUACUUUGAUUCAACGAAAUUAGGUACUGGAUUUCCGAAAACAGGAUAAGUACGAGAGUACACAGCAUCUUAUUGAUUUUCUUUCCUUGCAUAUGCUUUCAACCAAUACGAAGUGGAGCUAACGUUUCGGGCAAAACUGUCUUCUUAUUAGAAUACUUUCUUAGUAUUUCAUUAUUUAAACCUUUCGGAUUUUAACCUUAUUUGGUGUUAACGCUGUAUUCAGUAAAAAUGAUGACCAAUAUCGACUGCGGAAACAUGAAUCUACCAACGCAAAAUGGUAGUAAAUUACAACCCUGCAACAAUGAAUCGAAGACGAACUUAAUUGUUAACUAUUUGCCACAAACCAUGACCCAAGAAGAGAUCCGGUCAUUAUUCUCUAGUGUUGGGGAGGUCGAGAGUUGUAAAUUGAUUAGAGACAAAGUAACUGUGUUUCCGGACCACAUUCUCAACGGGCAGAGUCUAGGCUACGCGUUCGUCAACUAUCACAAGGCAGAAGACGCCGAGAAAGCUGUUAACACCCUGAAUGGUCUUCGACUGCAGAAUAAAGUAAUAAAAGUCUCUUACGCCCGCCCUAGUUCCGACGCAAUCAAAGGUGCCAAUCUCUACGUGUCCGGCUUGCAAACAUAUGACCCAGCAAGACCUGGAGAAGCUCUUCUGCCCGUAUGAUCGAUCAUCAGCUCCAGGAUUCUUCAUGAGAACGUAAGUGUCGGUCAUUUAUUACAAGGAGGUAUGGAAGAUCAGGGGCUCCAGGGACCAUCACGAGGUGUGGCAUUCAUCCGAUAUGACCAGCGCUGUGAAGCAGAGGCAGCUAUACGUGAGUUGAAUGGCACCAUUCCACCGGGAGGCACUGGCCCAAUGACUGUUAAAUGUGCAAACAAUCCCAGCAAUCAGAACAAAGGAUUAGCGCCAUUAGCAGCCUAUCUGACUCCCAAUUCCACUCGUAGAUUUGUUGGCCCUGCAGGGAAGGCACUCCUUGCUAUAAAUAAAGGUCUGCAGAGAUUCUCCCCAUUGGCUGAUCCCCUUAUCCAAGGCAAUGCUCUCGGAGGUUCAGGUUGGUGCAUCUUUGUGUACAAUAUCGGAGCUGAUACUGAAGAGAGUACUCUUUGGCAGCUCUUCGGCCCAUUCGGUGCCGUCCAGUGUGUUAAAAUAAUAAGAGAUCCCACCACUAACAAGUGUAAGGGUUACGGUUUUGUUACCAUGACCAACUAUGAUGAGGCGGUCGUUGCUAUCCAGUCCCUGAAUGGAUAUUCCCUGAAUGGCCAGGUGCUGCAGGUCAGCUUCAAAACGAACAAGAGUAAAUCCUAAACUCAUCAAAUUCUAGUCAAUAAAUUGUAGCUAAUGCGAAAAUGUUGAUCAUUUCUCUGUCAUGAUUGUUUGUCACAGGAAACUGACUAUUGACUAGGAAAUAUUGUGACACAAAUCAUGACAUGACACCGAAUUGUAAACAGUGUUCAUACAAGAAAAGUACAAACCAUCUACCGCAGGUUAAGUUUCAUGAUUCACUAUAAAAUAUAAGCAAAAAGGAAAGUCCCACUUAUUGAUGGAUUCAGUUUAAUUAACAAUGUAUCCAUUUACAUACUGGUAUUGGAUAAGUUGUAUAUUUUCAUUUUAAAUAGCUAGCCAAACCUUUUUGUUACAAAAUCAAAGUCAUCUGAGAUGCUAAAAUAACUUAUAAAUUGUCCAAUAAGAAAUAAGAAUACCAUGUUUAAAAAGAUUUGCUCCUGUAACUCGGGAAAUAUUUUUCUCAAAAAAUGUACUGAUUCAAUUUAGCAUAGAUAGAAAGUUUUUUUUUAUUUUAAAUUUGCUAAAUCUUAGUUUUAUGUGUGACUAUACCAGAUGAGUCUAUAAUUUAGUAAAAAGAUAAUUUAUUAUUUUAGUUUUAAAAUAGACCUAAUUAUUUCUUUAUAUCUAAUGACUCUUAAAUACAUACCUACAGUGGUUUAAUUAAUGAUGACAUCUAGUUAAAUACCAGAGUAAUUCUUAACACAAAUUUAAUAUUAUAAAUAUUAAGAAAUUUAGAGAAAUUUUGGACUAUGUCACAAUAAUUAGAUCCUGAGCAAUAUACUGUUUAUGAGGAUUGACAGUGCAAUAUUAAAGAUUUUACUGUAAGUAAAAAUAUAUUAAAAAGAAGAGUUUAUUAUAUGUAUUUAACAGUGCAAUUAUGUAAUACAGUUGAUUAUUUUGAAAAUGAAACCAGCAAUAUUAUAAUUAUACAAGAAAAAUAUAUAAACAAUAUUCAUUGUAUCUGAAUACUACCAAAGAUGACAGAAAAUAUGACUGAUUUAAUAAUUACAUUAAAUAUUCAUAUGACAAAUACCACUCUGAUAAGUUUCACCUAUGUUGUACUUUACAUGUGACUAAAAUCUCUUAUAAUCCAUGACUUUAAUUGUUAAGGAAAUCUAAUUUAAAUGCACAAAAUCAUAAUUUAAGAUGAUUAAUUUAAUCUUUUAAUUAUAAAUUCAUACAUGUUACAAUUCUGAUUUUUAUUGUGAAAAAAUAUCUCAAAUUAUGUUUAUAAUUUCAAUUCCUACUUUUGUUUACCCUUCCUUAAUUUUUAUAUCAUGUCCAAAUGUUCAAAAUCCAAUUACAUUUUAAUAAUAAUUUUUAAUCCAUAUUAAAAGACAUUUAAAUUUUCUUUGUUAACAUAAGUAGGAAUUGACUUUAAUAUUUGACUUUUUGACGUAACCGAAUAAGGAAUCUGAAUCGAAAUUAUAAAAAAAGGACCACAAAUGACUGCAGUUAGUUGAUCAACAUUUUAAAAGGAAAUUUUUGUAUUGUCUUGAAUAUGUAUUGGGGGAAUGUGUUAAUGUGUAUGUCAAGUAAAUUUGCAUUAAUGUUAGUCUCAAAGGUUUUCUCGUUUAGUGGCUGAGGGCGGAGUGCUUACUGCACUCAAAUGGAACUGCUCUCGAAGCAGUAACAGAAGCAUGAUUUAAAUUUGUCUUUUGUGAAAUGAUAUUUGUCUCUUAAUUUGAUUGUGUAAUCGCUAUUUAUUAUUACAUUUAAGUAAUGUAUGAUUAAUAAUUUAUUGUCAUAAUAGUGAAUAGAUUUAUAGUAGAUUUCAUUUGAUGUUAUUAUUAAUAUAUAUUGAUUAUUAGUGUAAGUUUGUGACUUAGUUUGGUGAAUUGUUUACUCUGUAAAACAACAUCCGUAUGAUUUAUCUUGGUAUUGAGUAGUUUCAGUAUCUCAAUAGUUAAAUUAUUCAUAGAUGAAUGCAUAUCAUGUCCCCGAGAGUGCACAGUUGGUUCAGCAACAGUCUUGUUAAACGCAUUUUGAUUAAGUGAUUUAAUUUCUAUACUGCUAAGGAUAAAUGAUUCAUUAAAGUUAAUUAUUUAUUUAAAGUACUUAACUACACGGAACUAGUCAGUUUUAAUUUUUGCGCGACAUAAAAUU